AUGAAGACCUACUGUUUUUUAAUUGCGUUUCUGCUGAUGGUGCAUACAUUUUCGUUAGUGAAAUGUUUCGCUGAAAACGAUGAUAGCGGUGGAAAUGAUUUUCAACAUUGCGUUUGUGUGCCUUAUUUCCAGUGCAAAGAAGAUUACAGUGGACUCAUCGAGGAAGGAGUCGAUGUUAUGGAUGGCAUCGAUGUUAGAAGCAGAAUUUUGGAAAUAAGAGCUGGUACAAACCAAGAGGUAUGUGGCGAUCUGGACGUUUGCUGUCAAAUAGAAUGCGGCAAAAGAAUAAACAUCAUCAGCGAGGUGAUGGUGAACAGAAUAAGUCUCGACGAAGAAGAAGAAGAUGAUGAUGAUUAUGAUGUAUUCGGAUUCAGGAUAUUGGGAGACAGAGUCACCGAAUUUGCGGAGUUUCCAUGGAUGCUAGGAAUUCUGGAAGGAAAAACUUAUAGAUGUGGUGCAUCCCUUAUACAUCCACAAGUGGCCAUCACAGCAGCGCAUUGUGUCAGCGGAAAAGGGCCAUUUACAAUUAGGGCAGGUGAAUGGAAUUGGGAGACUAAUACAGAACCUCUUCCCCACCAGGACAAGAGAGCAAGAAAGAUAAUUCCUCAUCCGCACUACCACGCUCCCUCCCUACGCAACGACAUAGCCCUCAUCGUCCUUGAAUCACCAUUCACUCUCACACGGAACGUCGGUUUGGCUUGUCUGCCCUUCCGUGGGGUCCAGAUCGACGAGAGAAGGUGUAUUGCGACGGGCUGGGGCAAGAAUUCUUACAGGAAAGGGUCCUACCAGUCGACGCUGAAGAAGGUGCAGUUGCCCAUCGUGCCGAACAGGAAGUGUUUGAAGUCCCUGCAAGACGCCCGCCUCGGUCCCCACUUCGCGCUGCACCGCAGCUUCCUGUGCGCGGGCGGCGAGAAGGACAAAGAUACGUGCAAGGGCGACGGCGGCAGCCCGCUGGUGUGCCCCGUGGCCGGCCGCCCCGGCAAGUACCAGCAGGUGGGCGUGGUCUCCUGGGGGCUGACGUGCGGCCUGCACGACACGCCUGGGGUGUACGUCAACGUGGCCAUGUUCGUCGACUGGAUCGACUUCACCAUGUUCGUGUUGGGGUUGGAUUCGAGAGUGUACAAGGUGUAG